GAAAAUGGCUGCUGCAACCUCAAGCCUAUCCUGAUACACCGAAACGACAUCAAGGUGGAGAGAGUAAGAGAGAGAGAGCGAGAGAGAGGAAGAUUAGGAAAAUGAGAGCAGAUGGAGAGAGAAUGUGAAGUGAGUCUGAGUGUUUCCUGAAAGGAGGAAUAAAAAGAAGAGGGAGAGAGGAGAGCCUGGGGUGGGCUGCUGCAAGCGGCGGGCAACACCGAGCCAUGGAGGGCGAUGUGCGUGUUCGUGCGGUGGUGAUGACACGUGAUGACUCCAGUGGCGGUUGGGUGCUCCUCGGAGGAGGCGGGCUCAGUCACGUGGUCAUAUGCAAGGGGCGGAGCCUCGACGGCAGGAGGCGCAGGGAGUACAUCAUCCGAGGAGAGCGCCUGCGCGACCGAGCACCAGUGUUGGAGUGUGCGGUCCAGAGGGGAAUGGUGUACAACAAGGUGAAUCCCAUCUUCCAUCACUGGAGAGUCGAGGAUCAGAAGUUCGGCCUUACUUUCCAGAGUCCUGCCGACGCCACCUCCUUCGAAAAAGGGCUGCAGGCCGUCUUAGACAAACUUGACAGAGGCUCUGACUCGCCAUCGUUGUCCACGCCAGAAGAGGUGGACCCUGAAGACAGUGAUCAAGUUAUGAGUCAGUCAGAAGCAGCAGCUCUAACACACGUCUCUCCUGACCCGCCCUCUCCUAAGUGAAAUUAAAGCUGCAGU